AUGCCGGCGCCAGGGGAUCAGCAUAAGCCUAAUGGCACCACCACUUCCAACCCUUUCGAAGAUACGAAGCCGAGGAUUGCUGAAUAUACCGCUCAGGAAAUUGCUACCCUACAAAGUCGCCUCAACAAGCAACUAGGACCUGAAUAUAUAUCUGCCCGUGCGGGGCCUGGAGGCUCAAAAGUACAUUAUUUGGCUGCUGACAAGGCCAUCAGCCUCGCAAACGAAGUGUUUGGUUUCAAUGGUUGGAGCAGCUCAAUUCAAAACAUCCAGAUUGAUUUCGUAGACGAAAAUCCUCAGACUGGAAAGAUCUCUCUGGGACUCUCGGUUAUCGUUCGAAUCACCCUAAAAGAUGGCGCCUACCACGAAGACAUAGGCUACGGCCAGAUUGAGAAUUGCAAAGGCAAGGCGGCUGCAUUUGAGAAGGCUAAGAAAGAGGGAACAACAGAUGCAUUAAAGCGAACCUUGAGGAAUUUUGGCAACAUUCUUGGGAAUUGUGUCUAUGACAAGACCUACCUUGCUAAGGUGACAAAGCUCAAGGUUGGAGCUGUCAAGUGGGAUCCAGAUGCACUACACCGACAUUCGGAUUUUGCUCCCAAAAAAGAGGAGAGGCUCGAGGCAGAAAUGCCAUGUCAAGUGGUAAAGGAAGCGUCAGCCGAAUUCGAUGACAGCUUCGAUCUCGGUGAUUUCGAUGAGGUGGACUUUGGCAGCGUUGACAUGGACCACUCAGACGAGGUCACUCUGUCUGCUGAGUCAACGGGUUCAAGACAUGGCCCAGCGAAUGGCGCCUCAGAGCGAAUGGCACCCCCUGCGAGACCAGAGACAAUAACACCUUCAAAACCACCGGCUGGUGCUACACUCCCUCGCGUGCCACCUGCAAGACCUGUUCAAUCUGCUGGUUCUGGACCGACCAUUGUUCCCCAACCUUUACCUGGCCAGCGGACCUCGGUUGCUCCGAACCCACCAAACAAGACCCCAAGUUCUGAUCCACGGUCACAUGCAGAUCAAGCUGCUAGAUCGUCAUCACCUAACCUUGCUUCUCAACAUUGUGCUGCACCCUUACCCGGUCAAGGUUCGUCUACAGCCCAAGCCAACCGGACUGCCGCUUUCUACUCGGCUCGAGUAGCAACCAAUAUCGAUGCCAACAAUAACAUCAUCGCGAACGGCGUGAGUGCAAGUCCUAAAUUCGAUCCUAGGACUGAGAGUCCCUCAAUCCGCAAGACUUCUGGAGUUGAUCACAACAGAUCCGUGCCUUUGAAAAGAGAUUUGACGGCUGAUACGGCACCUCAUGCAACGCAAAUAAUCAAUCCACAGUUCGAUCCCGCAAGACGUGUUGGUGGUCCAGGCAAUACAGGACAGUUUCAGAUGAGUCGAGGACCGAGUACUUCAGCUUACCGACCACCUACCAGACGUGGUCCAGAGUCAAAUGGCGGAUCGACAAUACCAGCGAUUAGCACCGGGGGAGUAGACCGAGCCCUUGAAGCAGUGAAGAGACCGCCCCUUGGAGAUGUGAGCAACUUACAACACAAUGCGACGGCCUUGACCACGGACGGUGUGGAUGCAAAGCGCCUCAAGGUAGCUGAGCCCGAAAGUGGUAAAGAUCCUGGGGGAGGCGACCAACACUAG